AUGGGUAUCACAUCAUCAUCUAAUGGGCGUAAACAUAAUAAUCAUCAGCCACAUCAAAAAGUAUUAAAAUCUAUUGCUGGUUCUUCUACAAACAUCAUCGGUACACCAUCCUUAGCAGUAGCUCAGCAACAUCACUAUCAUCGAACACACCAACAGCAGCAACAACCUGCUGUCGAUCACCAUGCUGUUAAAUCCCAUCACCAUACAGAACACGGAGGAUAUCCUGACAAAUUCUUCUCAAAGCCGUCAGGAGAUUUACGAAGACGUUUACUUUUUGGUAAUAAACAUGCAAGACAAGAAAACGUUUUUUUUCUAGCUAAUCAAACCGAAAUGCAGUACCACGUCCAGCCGCACGUAAACAGGUUUUUGGAACAAAAACUGAGUCGUUCAGUUGACGAUCUUACACGCAGCGUUCGUACGCCAGUAAUGCAAUCAAAACUCAAAACAUUAUGUGCUAAACGUAGCCAUUCAUUACAAAAAAUUGAACUAACGGAAUUACCGAAAAAACUCUUUCAGAAUCAUCCCAUAAUACCAGGACAACAUCAUGCACACAAUCAGUCAUCUGCAAAUCUUCAUCAACGAUCAAACAAAGUGUAUACAUGCGAAACAACACCGACAGCAUUAGUUCAUAUAAGAAAAAAUCGUUUAGAACUACAGUCUGAAAUUGGUGGAGGACACUUUGGCAUUGUUUAUCGUGCUCGACUAGAUAAGAAACUCGAUGUAGCUGUGAAAACCCUGAAAGACUGUUCAACAUCAAGAGGCGGUACUAGAGUGACGCCAGAACUAUUGAAAGAAGCAGAUAUAAUGACUACUUUAGAUCAUCCAAAUUUGUUGAAGAUUAUUGGUGUUACAUUUCUGAAUAAUACGUUGGCAAUUGUAAUGGAUUAUAUGCGAAAUGGCGCGUUAAAUAAUUACUUUCAACGUAAUAAAGAUGUUUUUUUGAAAUUAGAACGUAAAACAGUUAAUGAACGAUUAAAUUCAUUUGCUAAGCAAGUUUACGAUGCAAUGGCAUAUUUAGAACAGAAAAUGAUUGUUCAUCGCGAUUUGGCAGCUAGAAAUUGUUUGGUGGGUGCUGAUGAACAAGUGAAAGUUGGCGAUUUUGGUUUAGCCAGGUUCACUGAAUGUGGUUCUUAUUCAAGUAAACCGCAAUCACUCUGUGCUGUUCGCUGGGCAUCACCCGAAGCUUUGACAAAACGUUUGUUUAGUUCCAAAUCCGAUGUGUGGAGCUACGGCGUUUUGCUAUGGGAAAUCUAUAGUCUUGGUGAUGUGCCGUAUGGCAAAACAGUUAAUAAUCAAUUUGUCCGUAAGUGUGUUACAUCUUCAUCUACUCAUAGUAGCGGUAAAAAUCAAUUGUUACCUCGGCCAAUAUUUGGUACGAGAUAUAUUUAUGAUGAACUGAUAUUACGAUGUUUAACAAAAGAUGCACUAUCAAGACCGACAUUUGCCGACCUAAAGACGUACAUUCAAACAUACAUAAUUGCUCAAAAAUGA